AUGACGUCGUCGGAGCUGACGGAAUCAGUCAAUCCUCUAAAUGUCAUCAAAAUGUACGAAGACUCAGCCGUGUUGGAGAAUCUCUUGGCAGUCUUUAAGAAUACCUACAACUAUCCCGAAGUCAACUGCGAAGUGCUGAAGGGCAACUCUGAAUCCCCGAAGACUGUCUUCGCUAGAUUCGAGGAAAAGGAUCAUUUCGAGAAGUUCAAGGAGUUCCUUGAACAGCGUGAUAUAGAGUACGAGCAUGUUGCCACAGAGCACGAGCUCAAAAAACAAUUACCCGGAAAUCUUUAUGUUAGAGGUUUACUCCCCACAACGACGUCCGAUGAUCUAGUCAGGAUAUUCAGCAGAUACGGAGCACUUGUAUCGUGCAAGAUCAUAUACGACGAUUUCGGAGUAUCCAAAGGAUACGGAUUUAUCAAUUUUGCGGAUCGGAUUGAGGCUCAAAAAGCCAUCGAUAAUCUCAAUGGCGUUAACGUGGAUGGCAAUCAUCUAUUUGUCAACCAUCACAUUUCCAAAAGAGACAGACUCAAAGAGCUAGAGAUGAGGAAACUCAAAUACACCAAUCUUUAUGUGAAGAACUUUCCAGACGACUUAACGAAAGAAAAGUUGGCACAGGUUUUCGGACAGUAUGGAGACGUCGAGUCUGUUUUUCUCCCUCAAGGUACCGGAAAUCAUAAUAGAGGCUACGCAUUCAUUAACUUUAAAAGCCACGAAGAUGCAGUCAGAGCACAGGAAAACUUAGAUGGAUUCGAGAUCGCUCCCGGAUAUAGACUACAGCUCGGAAAGGCUGAGCGAAGGAAGGAUCGGAUGCAAAACCAGAUGAAUAGUUAUAAACCAAACUAUCUCCCGUUCCAACCACAGUAUAUGCCUCCUCAGCCAGAGCAUUCCAACAAUCUUUACCCCUCUUUCAUUGUUUCGCCAGAUUCAAACCUCAUUUCGACUGCAACCGGUCUUCCAAUAGCAGGUCCACAAUACCAGGAUUCAAACUUGUACAUAAUACACCUGCCGUUGGAAUUCAAAGACCAAGACCUUUACGAACUAUUUGCACCUUUUGGCCAAAUCAUGUCAGCCAAAAUCAUGACAUACCCACCAAACGAUUCGGCAGUGAUUGAUGAAGGAGAAGAGGACACAGAAAGCAAGUCCCGUGAGGGACGCUCUAGAGGAUUUGGGUUUGUCUGCUUUAAUAAACCUCUAGAUGCAUCAAAAGCAUUGGUGUCGAUGAACGGAUAUCGUGUGGAUGAUUCCCAUGUUCUGGAAGUCUCCUUUGCUCAAAGAAAGGAGAACAAAUUUGAGAAGGGAAGGUUGCAUCAUUAUAAUCAAAAUCACCUUGGCAACUUUUACAAUUAUCUGAAUCAGAAUUUCACCAAGCGAAGCUUCAGCCUUCCAGCAAGCAUGCACAGUGGAGGGUUCGUUCCAAUGACAGCACCUUCCCCAUCUCAGGUUUCUUAUUCUCUAGUUGACAGUCCAGGAGUACCACAGCCUGGUUCUCGAACAAUGUCGGUGCCUUACAUUUCUUACAAUCCAUACUAUUACUAUCCAUACCCAAUGCCUCCUGCUUCGCCUUUCGUCAAAGAAGGCGAUACGGAAGAAGAGGGAGCAGAAGGCCCACCAGACCAAGGUUAG